AUGUGGCGACGGCGUUUCGCCACGUCGGCGGCAGCGACUACGGUAGCUACAGUAUCCCGGUUUAAGCCGGUGAUCGGAUUGGAGAUCCACGUGCAACUCAACACGCGUACCAAACUAUUCUCACGGUGUCCAACAAGCGACGCCUCGCCAAACCGUCGUGUCGCACCAUUCGACAUGGCAACACCGGGUACUCUCCCCGCCUUGAAUCAUCAAUGUGUCCAUCGUGCACUGAAGAUGUCACGUCUUCUAAAGUGUCACGUGCCGAAAUGGUCACGAUUCGAUCGAAAACAUUAUUUCUAUGCGGACAUGCCUGCGGGCUAUCAGAUUACACAAAACGAAUACCCGAUUGCUAGAGAUGGACUGUUUGGGUAUUGGGUAUUUGGGGAAGAGAAGGAUACACCCUACUGGAAAGAGGUAGAAAUCGUGCAACUCCAACUGGAACAAGAUUCUGGAAAAACGAUCAAUAUUCUGGAUUCUUCUCCAUCAGAAUCCUCAGAAUCCCGAUCCCUUAUCGACUACAAUCGUGCCGGAUGCGCCCUAAUCGAGAUUGUGACAUCACCGUGUUUCGAAACGGCAAUCGAAGCGAUUCGAUUCGUUCAGACACUUCGAUUAUUGAUUAUUCAUCAUAAUCUAUCCGAUGGAGAACUCCAUCGGGGACAUCUUCGAGUCGAUGCAAAUGUAUCGUUGACUGUCGAUGGAAAACCCGGCACGCGAACGGAGAUCAAAAACAUGAAUAGUAUCCGCACAAUUCACACGGCGAUCAAUUUCGAAAUCGCGCGGCAAUUUGAAAUUCUUUCGAAUUCAUCGGGAAAAGUGAUUCGCGAGACACGUGGAGUGGAUUCAGAAGGACGGACGGUCCCAAUGAGAGAAAAAGACGCAGAGGACACGGAUUAUCGAUUUAUGGUCGAACCGAAUCUUCCGAUUCUGAAAAUACGAAAAGAGUGGAUGGAGGGGGCGGAGCGAGAGUUGGAGACGCAGGGAAUCGCCGAUUUCGAGUGGUUGAGAGAUCGAUGCGGUUUUGAUCCGAGGAGCGCUAUUCAUAUUGCUGAAGAACCCGACCUAUUGGCCUUCGUUAAACGAUGUGUUCGAUUCAAGGAUUCUGAAGUGACAGCUGAUGAGAUAUUGUAUUGGAUGAGGGAAUUAAAGACGAUUAUGCAGAGAUCAAAGGGAAAUUACCCACCGAAAAGCGAUUUCUUCGCCAAACAAUUCACCACUUUAAUCCAUCACUCCGGCCGUCUCACUCGUCUACGUCUUCUCGAUUUACUCCGAUUCUAUGCGACGUCAUCUGAAUCUGAAGACGUCCUAGAAGAAGUCACGGAAUUUAUCGAUAAAAACGACUUUUGGCGUAUCAGUGACACUGAAAAAAUCGAUAAAUUCGUGGAGGAAUCGAUGACGAAAAAUGGGAAAUUGGCGGAGAAAGUGAGAAGUGGACACGCGAAAAGUUUCAAUAAAAUGAGGAAUUUGAUGAUUGAGACGAGUGAGAAACGAAUCGAAUUGGAAGAUGCGGAAGACGCGAUUCGACGGUUUUUGCAGAAAUAA